UUGCAUGUACUGUGUGUGCUGAAGGCUUUGCACUGUGAACACACAGUGUGUGUCUGUGAGGGGGUGUCUGUGUGUGUAUGAGUGUGUGUCUGUGUAAGAGUGUGUGUGCGUGACAGAGACAGUGUGUCUAUGUAUGUAAAUGUGUGUGUUUGUGUGUCUGUGUGUGAAUGUGUGUGCCUGUGAGUGUUUGUAAGUGUGUAUGUCUAUCUGUGUAAGUGGGUGUGUGCGUGUCUGUGUGUGUAAAGUGAGUGUGUUUGUAUGUGUAUGUAAGUGAAUGUGUGUAUAUGUGCGUGUGUGUAAGUGAGUGUGUGUGUGAGUGAAAGAGUGUGUGUGUGAAUGAGUGUGAGUGUAAGUGAGUGCGUGAGUGUGAGUGAGUCUGUGUGAGUGUAAGUGAGUGUGUUAAAUGAGUGUGUGUGAGUGAGAGUGUGUGUGUUUGUGUGUGUGUGAAUGAGUGAGUGUGAGUGUAAAUGAGUGUGUGUGUAAAUGAGUGUGUGAGUGAGAGUGUGUGUAAAUGAGUGAGUGUGAGUGUGUGAGUGAGUCUGUGUGAGUGUAAGUGAGUGAGUGUGUAAAUGCGUGUGUGUGUGAAUGUGUGAGAGUGUCUGUGUGUGUGUGAAUGUGAGAGUGUGUGAGUGUAAAUGAGUGUGUGUGUGAAUGUAAGUGUGUAUGAGUGGAAGUGAGUGUGUGAGUGUAAAUGAGCGUGUGUACGUGUGUAAGUGAGUGUGUGUGUGUGCGUGCAGCAAGUUUGUUGCUGAGCAUGAAGCCUUCGCACAGCAGGGGCAGCCUGCGUCAUAUGAACGGAUUGGGGCAUUGUAAAUACUGAGCCUGUUAGACUGUGUUACAGGAGCUGCAUGCGGGCCUCACCUGAAUGUUUGUGUUCCAGUGUAACCCGGAAGAGCUGGUGCUGAGCACAGCGGUACGUGUCUGAAUUUUUGGUUCACCUGAAUCCUCCGCUCAUUGGCCAGCGCUGGGGCCGGGAUCAUUAAACCCUCAAAGACCAACAGCCAGCGCCCGGGAGGAGCGCUGCAUUUAGGGCAGCUCGCCUGGGAGAGAGAGAGAGAGAGGGAGCGAGGCAUCGCCUAUCAGCCCCCGCGCCUCACCGCCUCCAGCAAGAAAGCUGCACGAGAGUAGACAGCGGGAGAGCUGUUUCGUUAGCAUUCCGGACUUGUUAAACUUUCCAAAACUUGUGUGUGCGCUGCUCUGUUUGUGAGGCACCGAAUCCACUCGGCCUGGCCAAGGCGAGACUUUCAGUUUUGCUUUAACAUUUUUUAAAAAAAAAGAAGUUCCCUCCCCUCCUCUCUCCCUCCUCCCCCCGCCUCAAAAAAGGAAUAAGUCAAACAGAGAGAGAGAGAGAGUGACCCAGUUUGGAAAAGGCUAUGGAAGUUGCUGCGGAACAGCCUCGUUGGGUGAGCCAUCAUGCCGUCCUGAACGGCCAGCACCCGGAAACUCACCCGAACAUUUCUCACAACUACAUGGAGCCCAGUCAGCUGCUGCCCCCGGAUGAGGUCGAUGUGUUUUUUAACCAUCUCGACGGUCAGGGGGGCCCGGUCUCGCCUUAUUACAGCAACUCUCCGCACGCCCGUGCCACCGUCUCCUACCGACAGGCCCACGCUCGUCUGACGGGCGGCCAGGUCUGCCGACCCCACCUCCUGCACAGUCCCGGGCUAUCGUGGCUGGACAGCGGUAAAGCGCUGGUAACUGCUCACCAUCACCACCAUAACAGCACGGCGUGGACCGUCAGCCCGUUCAGCAAGGGAGCACUGCACCCGGGCGCCCCGAGUAGCAUCACCGUGUACCCGGGCAGCGGCUCCGCACCGUCCCUGUCCCAGGCGGCGGCGGCAGCGGCGGCGGCGGCGGCGGCAGCGGCGGCUCACUCCAGUCCCCAUCAUCUCUUCAGCUUCCCACCCACCCCGCCCAAGGACGUCUCCCCGGAUCUGGGCGCUCACAGCUCGGUGUCCCCUUCCAGCUCAGCGGCGGCAGCAGCAGGUCGGCAAGAUGAUAAGGGAUCCAUUAAGUAUCAUGUGUCUAUGGCUGAGGGUAUGAAACUGGAAUGUUCUAGAACUUCUAUGCCAUCGCUUGGAGCGAGUACUGCAUCCACUCACCAUCCUCUCCCCACCUACCCUGCCUAUGUGCACGGUACCCACGAUUACGGCAGUAGCCUGUUCCACUCCAGCGGUCUCCUAGCCGGCGCCUCUAAUUUCACACCUAAAUCCAGGAGCAAAACACGGUUAUGUGCCGAGGGACGAGAGUGUGUCAAUUGUGGAGCGACUUCCACGCCGCUGUGGAGAAGAGAUGGAACGGGACAUUACCUAUGCAACGCUUGUGGUCUUUACCAUAAGAUGAACGGACAGAACAGGCCCCUCAUUAAACCGAAAAGGAGAUUGUCGGCCGCCCGGAGAGCAGGGACCUCCUGCGCUAACUGUCAGACCAGUACGACGACCCUGUGGCGGCGGAACGCUAACGGGGACCCGGUGUGCAACGCGUGCGGCCUUUACUUCAAGCUCCACAAUGUGAACCGUCCCCUGACGAUGAAGAAGGAAGGCAUUCAGACCCGGAACAGGAAGAUGUCAAGCAAGUCAAAGAAAAGCAAGAGGAUGUCGGAUGGUUUCGAGGAGCUCUCCAAGUGCAUGCAAGAUAAGACCUCGUCGUUCAGCUUGGCAGGUCACAUGCAGCACAUGGGGCACCUGCCCCCUUUCAGCCACGCGGGUCACGUGUUGCCCACGCCUACCCCCAUUCACCCAUCAUCCAGCCUCUCGUUCGCGCACCCUCACCCUUCCAGCAUGGUGACCGCCAUGGGCUAGGAGGAAUGGCCACUCCCUCAGAGAAAGACAACAUGGAGAGUGAGAAAGACAGGAGAGAAACAAGAAAAACAAACAGUAUGCAAGGUUUUUGCCUUUUAUCUUCUUAUUUUCCUUUCAAAAAAAAAGGAAGCGAAGAGAAAUCACGGACGAUGUGUUGGUUUGGGGAGGUGCAGGAGAAUGGGUCCCCACUAAUUGCCUGGUCAUCUUUGCAAGACUUUUGAGUAGGAGUCAAAUAAAAAAUAUACUGUGCCCUUCUUCAGACAUAUACCAGGAAACUACACAGGAUUGCCAUUGCCGCUUCAUGAUAAUUUGAGAGACGCAGAGAGAGGGGACUGCAUCAGUAAAGUAUCCUUGUUAUCGAUGUGAAUAUUGUAAAUCAGAGAAUUCAGGAUAAAUUAACUGAUAAAACCUAAUAACUGAUGCUGGAUUCUUUUCAUUUUAAAAAUGCAAAAAAAACACUCUCAAAAAAUAAGCAAGGCCACUUAACUUUGAAAUAUAUUUCUUUCUGUUUGUCUUGCUUUAAUUAUUUCAUGUUGUGCAGAUAUUUUUGUUGUUUUGAGGGGAAGGUUAAUGCUGAUUCUAUGAUGGGACACAUCCUUAGAGUGAGCUUUCUGGGACAGGGUCAUGAUGUCAAAUACACUGUCUGGGCAUAGAUUCUGGGGUGUUUGUCUAUGUUGACGCCUAACCUCAGUCAUUUUGCUGUGUUGAGUUAACUGGUGAAAGGUGGGUCACAUCAGUGAAGACCCCUGGCAGGGAGAAUGGGCCUACUGGUGGUGUCAUGAUGUGGCGAAUCUGGGUGAGGUGAGGAUAGGAUAGAGCCCAUUGUGAUAGCGAGCUGUUAUUCACUUGUGGAAUUGGGUGCAGAAUGUUUGUUUGAAGGGAGGUGGGGAAACAUUGCCGGUGGACAGUGUUGGGGAAGGUUUUUGGGAAGCCACUGGGGAUUAUCUGAGCAAGACAUGCGGAUGGAUGAGGUGUGUGGGAAGUGGGGUAGAUAGUGAGAGCCUGAAUCUGUUAACAAAUGAGUCUGUAUCUUCCAAGUCAAUUCUCAGUGUCAGCCACACACCAACUCUAUGAGUGAAAAAGAUCUUUCUGUGUAGAUAAUUAAUUGUGUACAUUAUUAUUAAUACUUAAUGAGCUGGCAGAUAAAUACACAUGAGAUCUCCAGGAUGUUUGCUGUCUUUAUCUUAAUUUAAGGUGACACAUUGCUGCUCCCACUUAAGACCUCAAAGUGACAUUGUGCUUUAACAAUAAUUAGGCCCAAUAUGAGAGAACACAUUGGGAGUAAGCAAACUCAUCGUAACACUAGUUACUUUAUGUCGGAGCAUUUUAAGCAUAUUGCCAAACUGGCCUCUGAACAUGUCAACAAAUUAUUAAACAACAAAGAAGUGCAUUUCUAUGGCACCUUUAAUGUAGCAAAAGACCCUUAAAUAUGACAAAUGAGGCAACAUUUGACAUGGAGCUGGAUAUUAGCAAAUUUUUGGGGAGGUGUAGGUUUUAAAAAGAGUCCCAAAGGAGGAAGGAAUUUAAGAAGAAAUGCACAAGCAUUUUACAGUGGGGCCAAGGUAGGAGAUUCUUUUAAAGGUUGCUUUGAAAAACAUGGUUGUUUUAUGACCGUCAUUUAGAUUUGAGUUAUGCAGUAUCAACUUCAAAAUCAGUGUGCCAUUUAACCAAAGCUGGUUCCUUCCAACACUGUAACCUCGGAGCUGAAAUAUAGCAAUGAUGAUACAGUAGAGUUCCCACCAUUAGUUUAUAACUCGCUCAAAAUUAAAGUUCCCUUCCUCCUCCUCCUUGUACAGUACUCCAAACAUGCCCACUUAGAAAACGUGAUGAAGUGAUGAAGGAAAUUCUCACUGUGCAGUGUUGAACUAGAUACAGGGUGAAGAAAAAAGAAGUGUCCUAUUCAAUAUAUUUUCCUGUGCCCUGAGCUCUGUGUCUGUGCUGUGUAAAUUUAUACUUUUGUAGAAGAGGGAUGGAUAUAUAUGGCUGUGCACUUGAGAUCUGAUGACUGUAUAAUGUAAUUGUGUUAUAUAAUGCUGAAUAAGACAGGAAGGAUAUUGAGGAAUUGGAUCACAUCAGCGCAGUUCACUUAGUAGAGAUUCAUAAUACCAGUAUCUCUGAGCCCCGUUCUCCUCCUGCACCCUGAAAUAUUUUCUGCUCUGCAUAUGCCAUCAAAAUAGCAUUGGAAAUAAAAUAUCCAUUACCACAUAACAACAGUGACUGUACAGUAAUUCUUUGGUUGUGAGGUUUUACCUUGACAUUUGCAAAGGCAUGUUACAAAUGCAAGUUGCUUCUUUUAUUCCAUUCCACUCCUGAACAUAACGCGUAUCAGUGGCUUUUUACAACAAAGAGCACAGCCAGUAAGACACAUCUGCAUGUUGGCUAUACCUUAGUUUAGCAUUUUUUCAAAGAGGGGCAAAGGGAGACAAGCAGAUUGUACCUUCAGCUGGUAGUCACAUCAUUUUCCUUUUCAACUUCAUAAGCAUCGGGUCAAUAAAAAUAUUUCAUGAAUAUUUCUCAAGGACCAAACAGCCAUAUUAAAAAUCAGCUUUAAAUGUUAAUACGAUGGAUUGCUAGCGGCACUCGGCAUAUAUAGCUGCACUUUGUAUAGGUUAUGUAUAAUAUCAGAGAGGGUGGGAGAGAAGGAGGGCAAUUACUGUCAUGUGUGAGAUACAACUUAAAAAAAAUCCUUUUUCUCUUUUGUUGAAUAAAUUGACACUCGGCGUGUGUGUGUUUUUUUCCAAAUAUGGUACAGCAAAUAAUAAUCUGAAAGGAAGCUGAUUUUUUUUUCAUCUGGGAAUGUCAAGGGGAGAGUUACUGACAAAAAUAUUUUUUAAAAAUAAAAAGCAAAAAAAAAUCAGAAUAAGAGGACAAGGUGCAAUAUAUUAUCACUCACUGCAGUAUAGCCUUUUCCGCAGUGAAGAUUUUUAAAUUAUUUUGUAUCUAUCACUAUAAACAUAUGUUGUUUUCUCGCAGUAUUUACGUUCUUUUUCCUUGUUUUAUUUUAUGUUGGUAGAUUAAGUUAUUGGUUAAAUAUGUACAACAUGUUUAUAUAAUUAUCUGUAUAAAUGUGUAUCUUAUCAUCAUUAUU